AUGGGUUACCUUUUCCUGAUAAAAUAUUUUCGGCAUCUCACCAUCUUCCUUCUUGCUGCUACUGGUGUCAGCCUAGCACUCCUUGAAGAAAUAGCUCAAGAACCAGAAUCAAGACAGCAGAAUGAUGCUGUCCCUCCACUUUGGCAAUCUGCACCAGAAAAUUUAGCAGAUUUUCCAGUACAUGGCAAUAAAAUAUCCAUCAACCCUUGGAAUAACUCAGAGAGAUUGGGAAUGCAUAAGACCUUGCUUCAAGCUACGUCUUUCACUGUGCUUAGAACGAAAAAAGCUGACCCUGACAAUAUUCUAUGGGGAUUGCCCUUGCAGCAUGGCUGGCAAUACAUUACAGGCAGACUAGGAGAUCCAACUAAUGCCACAACAUGCGGCCAUAAAGAUGGAGACAACCUGUGCAUAUCUGUCCACAGCUGGUGGGCUUGUAUGAAUUACUACCUAGCAGUUGUACCCUUUCUGGGGGCACUGGAAAGUGGCGUCUUUGGAGAGCUGGCAUACGAGGUAGAAAUGCUGCCACCAGGUGAUAGAAGAGCUGACUUCUGCCGCAGUGUUGCUGAAUGCAAUGCCCAGGCACCACAACUCAUGGCUACCUGGAGGGCGUUUUUCAAGUACCUUUUAUCAACUACACCAAGCUCUGAAAUACCUGCAGCCCAUUCCUUCUCACAAGUUGAAGCAUUGAACUACAUAUGGAAAGCUCACAUUCUUAGCAUCGCUUAUGCACGUCCAAAGUUUAGAAACCGGAAACCUUUUGUUGCUCAUUUGGAGAAAGGCCAUGUCUACUGAAGAAGGAAGAAAAAACGGCCGCAGACUUAUUGAAAUUAUGUUUUAGAGUAUCCGAUCUCUGGAAAUCCACACUUAUAUACACACACAAAUAAUUAAUUUAAUGGUCUGCUCAGUGGUGAAUUAAUGUUUGGCUGGUGUUUACUACUUGCAUUUGUUUCAAAAUUGCUUGGAAGACUCAUGUUAUCAAUUCUUCGUAUUUAGGUAUAUCUGCAUGGGAUUAAGGCUGCAAUUUAGGCUGUGUACAUGUCAUACUUUAAAGCGCAUGAAUUUCCCCAAAGAAUCCUGGGAACUGUAGUUUGGGCUUAAUUCUGAGUAGAUCUGCAUAAAAUACCAAUAUUAAAAUACCAUAAAUAAAUAAAUAAAAAUCAA